AGCUGACUGCAAUCAGCAGUGGUUCGCAUUUUGGUUCGGGAAUUCGCAAUUCCGCAUUUCGGCUUUUCCAUCGCUCGUGCGAAAACGCUCUCGGGACAUAACGGAAUAUACGGGCCGGCGCUGUCCGAGCGCACAAAACAAAAAAAAAAAAAAAAAAACUUUACGAUUAUUAUAAACUUUGCGGCGUGAGUCAGUGGUAUUAGUGUCCUUGUGUGUGUGCGCUAUUUGAGCAUGCAUUUGGCAUUCACCGUUAGCUAGCGGACAAGUGAAACAGCAGGAGCUGCCUAUUAAAAAAAAGAACCCGCGAAACAAAGAAAAGACAAAAAAAAAAAAACAAAAAAGACUCACUCGGUUUGAGUGCUAACAUGGCGCCAAAAAAGUCCACUAUUGUGCUCAAUGUGGAGCAGUUUAUUCACGAUAUCGAGGAGCGUCCGGCCAUCUGGAACCGCAACUUCCACUGCAACAAGGCCUUCCUCGAGCAGAUGUGGGACGAGCUGAGCGGAGCGCACAAGCUGCCGAGCGAGGUUUAUGUUUUGGAUGAUGGCGCCGAGGUUGAUUUGGAUCUGGGAAACUACGAACGCUUUCUGGAUGUCACUUUGCAUCGGGACAACAAUAUAACCACGGGCAAGAUCUACAAGUUGGUCAUUGAAAAGGAGCGCACUGGCGAGUAUUUGGGCAAAACAGUUCAAGUUGUUCCACACAUUACGGAUGCCAUUCAGGAAUGGGUGGAGCGUGUGGCCCAGACACCUGUACAGGGCUCCUCGAAGCCACAGGUGUGCAUUGUGGAAUUGGGAGGAACGAUCGGCGAUAUCGAGGGCAUGCCUUUUGUGGAGGCCUUCCGUCAGUUCCAGUUCCGCGUGAAACGUGAGAACUUCUGUUUGGCUCACGUGUCGCUGGUUCCGUUGCCGAAGGCCACCGGUGAACCCAAGACAAAGCCCACUCAAAGUUCGGUUAGGGAACUUAGAGGUUGCGGCCUGAGUCCCGAUUUGAUUGUCUGUCGAUCUGAGAAACCCAUUGGCCUGGAGGUCAAGGAGAAGAUCAGCAACUUUUGUCACGUGGGUCCGGAUCAGGUGAUCUGCAUACACGAUUUGAACUCCAUUUAUCAUGUGCCGCUGCUAAUGGAGCAGAACGGAGUGAUCGAAUACCUUAACGAGCGACUGCAGCUUAAUAUUGACAUGAGCAAGAGGACCAAAUGUCUGCAGCAGUGGCGCGAUUUGGCACGUCGCACAGAGACUGUUCGCCGUGAAGUUUGCAUUGCCGUCGUGGGCAAGUACACCAAGUUUACGGACUCGUACGCCUCGGUGGUGAAGGCUCUGCAACAUGCCGCCCUGGCUGUAAAUCGCAAACUGGAGCUGGUAUUCAUCGAAUCGUGCCAGCUGGAAGAGGAGACUCUGCAAACGGAGCCAAGCAAAUACCACAAGGAGUGGCAGAAGCUGUGCGAAAGCGAUGGCAUCCUGGUGCCCGGUGGUUUUGGUUCCCGCGGCAUGGAGGGCAAGAUCCGAGCAUGCCAAUGGGCACGAGAGAAUCGCAAGCCGUUGCUUGGCAUCUGUUUGGGUCUGCAAGCGGCGGUUAUUGAAUUCGCUCGCAGUAAAUUGGGUCUUAAGGAUGCCAACACCACGGAAAUCGAUCCGAAUACCGGAAAUGCUUUGGUUAUUGAUAUGCCGGAGCAUCAUACUGGACAAUUGGGAGGGACUAUGCGUUUGGGCAAACGAACUACGGUUUUCGCAGAUGGACCCAGUGUCAUUCGUCAGUUGUAUGGAAAUCCGAAAACAGUUGAGGAGCGUCAUCGACAUCGUUACGAGGUCAAUCCCAAAUAUGUACCUCGACUGGAAGAGCAGGGAAUGCGCUUCGUGGGCACCGACGAGGACAAAACCAGGAUGGAAAUCAUUGAGCUAAGCGGUCAUCCGUAUUUCGUGGCCACGCAAUAUCAUCCGGAGUACUUGUCGCGACCACUGAAGCCAUCGCCACCGUUUCUUGGACUGAUUCUCGCCUCCGUGGAUCGGUUGUCGCAAUAUAUCCAGCGCGGAUGCCGCCUGUCGCCCCGUCAACUGUCCGACGCCUCUUCGGAUGAGGAGGAAAGUGUCGUAAAAGGAUUGGCGGGCGCUACGAAAUCGCUGAGGUCACUGAAGAUCCCCAGCACACCCAAGAACGGAAUUUCGAAUGGCUGCAAUGGUAGCUCCAGCACGUCCGAUGGCGAAGGUGCCUGUGGAGGUGUUGAUCUGACCAAUGGCCACCAGUGAAGUUGUAAACGGAUAUGGGAUCAAUCAUGCUUCUUUAAUUUUAAAUCCAUACCGUUUGCGAUAUGACUAAGUGUGUAAAAUAGGCUGGUGUCGAUUAAAACAUUUUAAUGUUUUAUUGAAGUGGCAUAAAGUAAUCCACAAACAAUUACAACUUUUCUUUAGUUAGCAUAAGUAAAAAAUAAUUUAAAUCUCUUUUUAGAAGGAUAACAUAUGUACUUCAGGGUUUGAUUUUGAUGUAUAUUUUAUAAUAUAUAAUAUAUUGUUUGAAAACAAACUGUUUCUUCAUGUGCGAGUAAAGAGAAUUCAUAUUUAUAAACUGUUUUUUUUUUUGCUUUACAAUGAAACAUUAAAACCCAAAUGAUGGGUUUUAUAUGAACAGUAGUUUUUAUUAUCUCUUGGUUACUUUAUGCCCAAUUGACUUUGUAGUAACAUUUUGAAUCCUUAAAAAUCACGCAUCCUUGUGUGAAAAGCCUCGCGUGUGUCUUCUUGAUCGGAAACAAAAAUAGUCUAUAACCUUCUUAAAUUACAUUAAAAUUACCUUAUCUGACUUGCUUAAAUUCUGAAUAGUUAAGUUCUUAUUGUCUUUUAUUUAAAAAAUAUUUUAAAUAAACUUUGAAAAACUGUAAGCAAUUACCUUCCUUAUAUAUAUUUUUAGAUAAGCAAUGAAAUAAUUGAAUAUA